CUUAUCCGACGUCAACGUAUCGUCGUAUUCGUACUCUCAGUACUGACUCAGAAUUGCAAGAAAAGAUCUUUCUUUGAGGGACGACGGCACAUACAUUUCUUGUUCUUUCACUUAAACGUACUUUGUAUUCCGUGCCGAGUGUAUCAUCGUUCGACGGUCCUCGGUGGGAGAUAGGUUUCCGUUGAGGGGCUUGGCUUAUACUCCGUCGGAUUCUUUUUAUUUUUUGUCAACGACGAUGGGUGUAUUCUACGAAACCCUACCCCCUUCACUGGUAACGUGGCUCCUGGAACAGAAAGUCUAUUGGAUCGGGUCCGCUCCUCUCAGUGGUUCGGGGCACAUCAACGUCUCACCGAAAGGAGUGACGGAUAGAGGAGGGGGACCGUUUUUCGGUGUCAUCAAAGAAUCAAAGUCGAUCCCCGGGAAGGUCUUGUCGUCCACCUCGACCGACGCCGACGACAACAACGGCAAAGAUGUCGUGAUCAAAAAGUUCUGGUACAUGGACCUGACGGGCAGCGGGAUCGAGACGACAAGUCACCUCCACGAACCCGGUAACGGAAGGAUCACGGUCAUGUUUAUGGCUUUUGAUGGACCGCCCCGAAUCUUGAGGAUUUACGGAAAAGGCAACGUUUUGGAAUACGGUACACCUGAAUUCAACCAGGUCAUCGAAUCCCAAAAGAUCAAAAUCAUCCCCGGCACGAGAUCCAUCGUCUUGGUCGAUAUCGAUCAGGUCGGGACGUCUUGUGGGUUCAGUGUCCCAAAGUACGACUUUGUCGAAUUCAGACCGACACUGCACGACUUUUUUGAAAAGAGGGUGGCGAAUGAAAAGGCCGGUAAGAGGGAGGAUGGGAUCGAAAGGUACUGGGCAUACAAAAACGCUUGGAGUAUGGACGGUCUCCCUGGCAUGCAACGAGGUUUGCACACCGCGGUGACGGACAAGGUCAAACCGAUCAAAAAAAUGGUCGGGCCUUGUGCGGCGCUGGCCAAUGGAAAAUACAAACCAUCGCAGAGGGUGUUUGUGCUGAGACAUUUGUUACUCACGGCCGUCCUGAGUGCGGUGAGCACGGUCGUCUUGAUGUUUUUCCUGUUGAGGCUCGUCGGGGUGGAUAUCGACAUCAAUGAGGUUUUGAAGCACUGAGCAAAUAUGCGAGACGAGAGAUGGGCCAUGAACGAGAGAUGUAAGCUGCAAGUUGCGGAAUGUCACCGCUGUGUUUGUUGCAAUGUUCUUUCUAAUUUUCGGGACAUGAAGGCGUCGGCAACCUUCAAGAUAUAAAGAUAUUCGAAUGAUUAUUACGAAUCCG